UUUACGUUUUGGACCAGGGAUUCGGCGAGGUUGGAGCGUCCUCAAAGGAAACUUUUAUUUGAUCUCAAAAUUUUCUUCCAAAAUGGAGGGGAAACGGAAGGGAGAUUAUAUGGCCGUGGCUGUGCCUACCAAAAAGUCUCGCCAUGAGUUGGUGGCUCAUUCAGGAGAAAAGGGAACAGUAAUUCAAAGUGGCCCACCUAGAACCAGUGGCUUGAUGGCACCCAUUAUGCAGCUCUCAGGCCACCAGGGAGACAUCCUUUGCGGCAAGUUCCACCCUGAAGGAGAAGUCCUUGUCACAGCGGGCAUGGAUAGACAGAUUUUAUUCUGGAAUGUGUAUGGCGAGUGUGACAACUUUGCCAUGCUGAUGGGCCACACCAAUGCAAUCACAGACAUGCACUUCUCGACGGACGGUAGUGCACUCUACACAGCCUCUGCAGACAAGACUGUCAUGUGCUGGGACACUACCAGUGGCACCAGGGUCAAGAAGCUUAAGG